AAGAGAGAGAGAGAGAGAGAGAGAGAGGGUAAGUGUGUGAGUGAGAGAGAGAGACUGAGUGAGUAAGUGUGUGAGUGAGAGAGAGAGAGAGAGAGAGAGAGGGGAAAUGGCGGCCAUUCGCCAACAUAUUUGACCUACUUUUCGCGGAGAGGGAGGGAGAGCACAGCGCCGCUACUGUCCGCAUCAACAGCACCAACUCAUUCACAGCUAAACCACAGACUCUCGGAUAAGAAUAAUGGCUAUGACUUCGUCUCAGUUGGAUCACUGUGAGCUGGAAGGUGGGGAGGAGGAUAUGAAGCCGCGGGCGGCGGCCGUCCGGCGGAACCUCUUUGGCCCGGUUGAUCACCAGCAGCUCCACCAGGACUUCCAGAGGCUGCUGUGCAUGAGCAUGGAGGUGGCCAAACAGCGCUGGAAUUUCGACUUCCAGAGCGAGCGUCCGGCAGCCGGAGCGGUGGAGUGGGAGGAGCUGCGCUGGCAGGAUGUCCCGGCGUUUUACCGCAGCUGCGUGGUGCGUGCAGGAACGACCAGGCGCAGACUGGAGGCUCCAGUGAACACCAGUGGAUCUCUGGGCUGCUCUUCAGUGGCUGUGAGCGGAGAGGAGUACCUGGAGCUGAGGGCCAGAGCAGCGUUCAGAGGAGCCAAGCUGGAGAAGAGAAUGUCAGCACCUCUGGGGGUCAAACACAGACAGGCCACCAUCACAGACUUCUUCACUGUGAAGAAGAGGAGGUUUCUUCAUCAUAAAGGAGCUUCGAGGCAGUAAGCAGAAAGUCUGAGACUGACUGCAGAAAAAGCUCAAAUCAUCACUGUGUACAUAAAUGUAUAUACAAUGUCUGCGAUUGUAGCUUUUCAGAUAUUCAGACAGAUUAUCAGAAGCUCUGAACGAGCUUUAAAACAUUAAAGUUUUCAAUGAAACAAAUCAGUUCAAGUAAGCUUAAAAAUCCACUAACUAUAUUCAGAAAGAAACAUAUCUAAAGUAUACUGUGAAGGUACAAAAUGCACUCCAAAAAACGACACUUUUUUUUCCUUUUUUUUUUGCUUCAGGUCGUGUUACAAAAAUUGUUUUUCUCACCUUUGGUCCAAAUGUCAUGACCUCUUGACCUGAUAAUUAGUAGGCUGAGUUUAGUCUGGGCUUGCACACAAAGCCUAAUGUCUCAGCUGGUUUUAGAAUCUCUCUCCUGCUUAUGAGAAAACAACAGGGGUCAAACUUUGAACCCAGUUGUAUCUCAGACUUAUUGACCCCCCAUUACCCGGGAUAUUAAAGGUUAGGCUUAUUGUUUUAAUAAAUUUGCCGACCGACCUAUACGUCCCACAGAGGUUGAAAUAUGUCAAGCCUUACCAUAUAUACAGUCAUUUGCAAAAGUUUGUGCACUCCAUUUUCUAUGCAGAAAUAAGUUAACGCAGUUCUGCUUAUUUUGCUGAAUUCGGAAAGAAAAUAAACAUAAAAUGUGCUUUUUGCAAAAGCUAUGGUGCAUUUUAUAUUUUGUUUUAUUUUUUCCAGUAUAAUAAACUGAACUAAAAGUUUGUUCCCUGUAGAUGACGUGUUAACUUAUUUCCACUUAGAAGUCUACAAAACAUGUAAUUACACAAAUUACAGAAGUGUUCAGAUUUUUGCAAAUGCCUGUAUUCUACAUAAAAAUAUUAUCUCUGCCUAUUUUCUGUUUUCUACUGAUUUUUCAACUUUUUUAUUCUUUUCCAUGUUAGAGAACAUAUCACUUAUAGAACAUUAAAGAAAUUUGCUGAACAUGAGGUUCUCCAGUAAACCCAAGCCAUGGCCUUAUUGUGUUCCCUUAACACAAAAACUGUUCACAAAUUAUUUAUUCCUCAAUUUGUCAUUCUCUUCCUGUCUCCUACUGAUGGAUGUUCUUCUAACAGAAAGCCUGAGCUCUAUGCCUCUAAAUCUUCCAUGAAAUCCAGGUUAUACACAUUCCAUUCAGUGUGAAAUACAAACAGACAAAACAGCCAGACUAUGCAUAACCGCCCCAAGUUAUCCUGCUGGUUAGCUCGUCCAUUUGCCUCAAUUAAAAAAGUAACAUAGAGAAUUCAUGGAAGGAUUCAUUAAAGGAAUGUUGAAGGAUUUUUGUACUUAAUCUCUGUCUGCUGCAUCUGUAGCCUGUUGCUGUUGAAACAAAACCUUGUAUCUCCAAAAUGAUAACUUUGCAGGAGACAGAAAGAACUUUGAAUUGGAGGUUAUGUAAAUGGGUAUUUGUAGAGGUUUCUCUUUUCCAAUCAUGAAGUUUUCACUUUUUUCCUGUACUUAGUAAAGCCCACUACCUUAAACAUGGUUAUAAUAGAAGUCAGUAGGCAAGCGCUGAAGCCAUAUAUGGUCCAUACAUGGAAAUUAAGCUGAUAAAGCAGCCUUGAAACAGUUAGCUAACAGACUGUUAGCUGUUUUUGUGACGCCACACAUUUACUUUUAUCCACCUCUUCAGCCUUUAGUAAUCUUGCCCCGCCCAUUCAUGAUGAAGUUAUAAAGAGUGUUACAACCUGGCCUGCUUUCAGAAUGUCUGAAAUACCUGACAGCUAAUCAGAACAGAACUCAUUUACAUACAAAUGUCUUAAAGGCACAAUAACAAAAAACCAAAUAUAAUAUGUUGGUACAUUACUUCAUAAACAUUAUAAAUAGACCUCAGGAGAAAAAAAAUAGAAGAGUAAUGUAGGAUGUGGAUGCUGACAAUUUUUUCUGUCUUCAGAAUCACACCGAGGUGGCAAGAGAAUGACAAAUUGAAUAAGAAAAGUCCUCCCUUACUGACAUUUUAUUAAUCUGACCAUCAAUAUGGCCGCCUUUUUCACAGUUUAUUCAAACUUAAAGUUUUUUCGGCCAGAUUUUUUUUCCCGUCCAUCUCUCUUAGUCACUCCAACAGAUCAAAGAUGUUGUAAAGAAAAAAAGAAGUGUAUCUGUUCUCUGUGUUAUUAACAGCUAUAUUACUUUUAAAAAAGUGCUAUCUUCAGUUAUACUGUAUAAGAUAAUUGUAUUUGUUCACAUCUUAAUUAUGUAGCAUUUUUUUAAUCUCAUCUAUUAUAGUAGCUUUUCUUUUCGGUUUUGAACACAACACUUUUCCACAUGAAGGGAAUGUAGCAUUUUAAAACAAAGUGGAUGUAAAUGUGCCAAGUUAAAGAAUUGUUUAUAAGAGACCUAUAAAGUCAUGCUCAGCAUGUAGAUAGCAGGGACGUAUUUUCUGCAAUACUUUUUUUUCCAUUGCUGUACUGUUUGUUUGCGGUGUGUCUGUGUGUAAUGUGAGAUGGUAUGUGUAAUUUUGUUUUGUUUUGUACAAAUUGUUCUUUGUUUUUUUGAAAAGGCAGCUGAAUCAAUUGACCAAAGAAUUGCUCCACACAUUGUCAAAAAUAAGGAAAAACUGAGAGAGCCGUCUGGACUGCAUGACAAGAAGAAGGGACGAAGCCACUAGUUAACCAUCUUUUAAACUCACACUACUCACUUUAGGCAGUGCUCACUUCCUCCCAUUGUAUAUUAAAACACACUCGUCUGUUAGUGGCAUAUAUGGUGACAAUUAGUGCGUCCUACAGCAGUUCAGAUGUUUUUAUCAUUGGAAUUUUCAAUGAAUAGCCAUCCGGUUCAUCUACCUCACAGAAACAAUGCCAGAAUUGAUGCGGUCAGCUUUUGGAUAUUAGAAAAAAGGCCAAUCACUCAUGGAUGUGGAGUUGAGCCAACCCAUACACCUCUGAAGGGGCUUUUUAAAGGAAUGGUUCACUGAAAAAUCAAAUUUUUACAGUUUCCCCUUACCACAAAGGUAGUCAAUGAGCCGAAACAUGUUUGGUGUCUCAAGUUUGCUUUCUUGGUUCUGCACUGGAGCUACAAAGCUAAUGAGAUAGAAAACUGAACCUAUAAUCUAAAAUGAUUUUCUUCCAUUGUUAGCUACAUUAGCUUUGUAGCUCUAGUGCAAAACUAUACAGGUCUUGGCUGACUGGCUAAUUUUGCAGUAAGCUGAAAACUGCACAAGUUUGAUUCUUUGGUCAACCAUUUCUUAAAGCUUUUUCUAGGGCCUACUCAUGCUCCGCCUCAAUGUGUUCUUUCAUAGCAACUGUUGUCAGGUUGGACUAGAUAUACAGAACGCUGACACUCUGACUUUUUGUAAAAAAUAUACCUAAAUUGAGAGUGCGUUAUCAAUUUAAAUUAAUAUUGAUUUUGUUUCUGUCACAUUGUUAUUUUUGUAUUGCAUAUAAAGUAACGUUAGCAUGGGAACAACAACAAGUUCACCGCUACCUACCUGCCAAGUUUCAUUUAGCUGAAAUAGCAUAGUGCUGGUUUGUAAACUGGAAACUCAAAAGAAAUAUUAAUAAAUGUGCACUACAGUUUGUGAUUCGGUUGAAUGAGAUUUUUGCUAAUGUUCUGUAAAGCUUGUCCAACAGUUGUGCUUUUGUGGGAGGAGUAUGGAUAGGUCAGUUUGGGUCUUUCUUGUCUGGCUCACCCCACUUUUUCCAGAAAUAAGCAGAGUAGUCAGAGAUGGGUCUGUAUUAACCCAUUAAUGUCUAGAUUUGAAAUUUGGUCCAUAUGUUACAUAUUUAUAAUUUUUUUAGCCAUGUGGUUUGAUUGAUUUGAAAUGAUGAUCGUCUAACAUUUUGCUCACAUUGGAUGACUGAUUUGUAACAAAACAACAGAAAAUCCAAAUAUAUAAUAUAUAAUUUUUUUGUUCAUCCAGUGAAUAAUUACAUACAAUUUUAUCACCUUAGACCAGUCAGAACAUGAUCUGUAGCUUUUCCUUAUUGUACUAAAUGUAGCUGUUGGACAUGAAUGGGUUAAUGGAAUGAGCAAAGAGUCAAAGCCUCACAGACUGAAUCUAACAGGUUUUGGCCAGAUAAAUGGCCUGUGAUCAGGUGGUCUAAGGCUGCAUGGCUCUGAAACUCUUAUCCCGUCUCUGCCUGAGCUGUCACUGUCUCUGAGAUUCUGAAAGGAGUAAAUGACUAGUAAUACACUGCAGGUUUACACAAAUCACCUCACUUCUAAGAAAUAGUUUGCUAUUAGAUUCUUUUUGUUUUUUUUGCCUGUGUGUAUGUGUGUGCCUUUGUGUGUUUGCAUUUUUGAUUGCACCUGUCUGUCAUUGUGUUCAAAACAACCUUUAAAAAAAUGACAUUUUUUAACUUAUUGUAUCAUUUUGUUGUUCUGUUUUUUCAGGGCUCCUGAAUGUAAUUGGUCCCUGACAUGACUAACUGAUUUUGUACUAGCUUUGCACUAUUGUAAAUGUCAUUGUUGCGAUUAUAACUUUGAAUGGUUCUGGAAAGCUGCGUUAAAAGAGAAUUCCACCAAUUUUUCUGAAAUGACUGUGAAAUUCAGUGGUUGAGAUGUAAACAAAGUCAUUCAGAGUGGUUUGAUGUGGAAUGAUUGUAGGUUGAUUGUAGAGAAACUCUUUCUACGGAGCCCAUUUGGUUACAUCCAGUAUAAAUAAAAAUAAUGUGUGGCUACAACUUAUUAAGGCAUGGGAACGAGAUAAUUAAGUCGUGGCCACGACUUAGUAAGGCGUGGGAACGAGAUCAUGCCUUGUUAAGCUGUGGUCAGGGCUUAAUUAUGCCUUAUAAUUAUAUAUAAUUAUGCCUUACUAAGUCGCGCAUUAGGAUCUCGUUCCUACGCCUUACUAAGUUGUGUUUAACUUAUUUAUCUCAUUUACACACCUUACUAAGUCGUGGCCACACAUUAUUUUUAUUUAUAUGGGAUAUCAUCAGCAGGGCUCCUUAGAUUUCUUUACAGUGGUGGUGGUAUAUUGGAGUUUACAACUCCAGUAUAGCCAUUUAUUUAUUAUCUAAAAUGAUCAAUAAACUAAAACGUGUCUUCUAAGUUUCUGUAUGUGAUGUUGAUGAAGGUACAAAAGUGGUAAAUCUGAAAAAUAAUGGAUGAAUAAAUCCAUAAAUGGAUUUUAAAAAUAUCUCAAAACUAUCAGGCAGUGUAUUUAUAACCAUUUCAUGUAAUCAGACCACUCUGAAUGUCUUUAUUUGCAUCUUAACCUUUUAAUUAUGCAGAAUGAAAGAAAAUGUGUGGAAUCCUUUAAAAGGUCAGUGUCAUGCAGUGACAGUGUUCACUCUCUGGACAUUUAUGUUGGAUUUCAAAUCAGCAUAACAAACAGCCUGCAUUCGGCCUGCCAGGAGAAAAAGAAAAUAAUUGGCUCACAAAAUUCUAAACAGUUUACUUAAGAGAAAAUAAAGCAGGUCUCAAAGCAGCACAGUAACUUUUAACCAGCCUGAGCCCGUCAGUCCAACACCUUGCUUCUAAGCCUUAAUUGUCCGAGGUAUAAUCACCAUAGUAUUGUAAUGCCUUAUAUGCAUGAGUGAAAGGUAGCCAUCUAUAUUUUUCUGUAACAAUACAGUGUAAUUUAAUUCUGCUUUGUCUAAUGUAUGGAAACAGACAGAUUGUGUUUGGCGUUGAAAACAAAAUGGUGUUUUUUCUUUAAACAGAAAUAAUAAAAAAAAACAAUUACUGUCAGUUUUACUAAGUGUUUCUAGCAGUUCUCCUUUGGCGCACUGUUUAUGUUUGUAACAUUGUGAAUAAUGUCAUAAAUUAGAAUAAAAUUAUAAUAAAAGAUACUGUAUGAAAAUGC